AUGGCCUUCCGUUAUAUUUUCGUGAUCAGUGCCCUGGUUGUCCUGGCCCAAGGAUCUUAUUUGUCCUCCGUGAAUCAUGAAGCUGUUGUUGGAGUCCAUCACUCUGGAGUGCUUUCAGCAGGAGCACCUGUUGGUGGUGCCCAGCCUCAUCGUCCUCAGGCUCAACGCCCCGGCGCUGGUCAUGGAUCCCUCGGUGGUCCAGUUGGAGGAGCACGACGAGUGAGCGGAGCUGGAGUUGCCGGUCCCCGUUCCCAUGGUGGUGCCGUCCGUCGUCCUUCUGCUGGAGCUCAUGGUCGUCCACUUGGAGGUGCAUCUGCCCAUGGAAACGCACACCAGGGUCGCAAUCGCAACCAGAAACCCUAUUAA